AUGCUUCUCUUUUUCUUUUCUCUCCUUGGUUUCUUUAAUCUAGGAGGCUUUCCAUUCGAAGAUUUCCAACGAUUCCCAGAUACUCCAGUUGGUCGUGUUGAACAACUCAUGGCCUAUCGAAAGUAUUGGGAUGCAUUCGAAUCUUGCAACCAAAUCAUCAGAGAAGGCGGCUAUGUUGAGCCAAAAGUUUAUCGCUUGAAGGCUCAGUGUGCUUUGACCAUGUCUCUUUCAGACGAAGCCGUUCAAGCAGCAUCAAUUGUAAUUAAUGAUAAAAAGAUCAGACUUUCUAACAACGAAAAGCGUUUAUGUUACCAAAUUCGUGCUCACGCAAAUCUCCAGCUUGGAAAAUUUGACCAAGCUAAAGCCGAUGCCGCAAAAUCAAAUAACCAAGAAAUGAUUCAAGAAACUUCAAGCGCAGCCGAUGUUUACAAGACAUUCCAAGACAAAAUCGCCGAGAAUAAAAACGAUGAAGCUGCACGUGCAUUAGACCAACUACUUAAAGUAGCCUUGAGCUCAUUUGAACUGAAAAAAAUUCGUGCUGAUCUUGCAUGGGAUGCCAAGGAUUACGAUAAAUUUGCCGAAGUUGCCAAAGAUCUUCCAGAACGCUAUCCAGACGACCAUGAAUUACUUUACCGCCUUGGCGUUGUCACCAUGUGUGCUGGUGACUUCCAAAAGGCCAAAACCUUCUUCGAAGGAGCAACUCGUCGUAGAGGAUAUCCAGAAUAUUUCGCAAUUGCCAAGAAAUCUCUCAACAGCAUUCAGAGAGGCUACUCAGAAGUGAGGAGGAACACAGAUAUUAAGAGCCUUCUCCGAAAUGAGCAAAAAUUCGACACAAUUUACAACCAAACUACAGAAUUUUGCGCCCAGAAGUCCGAAAUCAUGCGCGCAAUGAAUCUCCUUAAAGCCAAAAUCAUCAGAUCCAAGGGCGAUAGCAAAGCUACGAUCGAUUUCCUUAAUGAACAGAUCGGAACUUAUUCAGAUACAACAGAAUUCCAACUUGAACGUGGUGAAGUCUGUCUUGACUCUGGAGAUUACGAAGGAGCCAUUUUUGACUUCCAAUCCGUUCUCAGAUCUGGACAUCGCGAUUCUAGGGCACAACAAGGUCUACAGAAGGCUCAGCAGAUGAAGAAGGAGCAGAACAAUGACGACUACUACAAAUUACUUGAAGUUCCCCGCGACGCAAGCGAAUCUGAACUCAAGAAAGCAUUUCGCAAGGCUACGAUCAAAUGGCAUCCAGACAGACACCGCGGAGAAGAGGAGAAGAAGAAGGCUGAGCAGAUGAUGAAAAAGAUCAACCUCGCAUACGAAGUUUUGUCAGAUCCUCAGAAAAGAGCAAUGUACGACCAAGGUGUUGACCCAGAUGGUCAGCAAAUGGGCGGACAAGGCUUCGACUUCAACCCAUUCGAUUUAAUGAAUGGUUUCGGUUUCCCUGGAUUUGGCGGUUUCCCUGGAGGGGCUCAGCACUUCGAAUUCCACAACGGAAAUGGUUUCCACUUCGAAUUUCACUUCUAA